CCCGAGGAGCUGGGACUACAGGCAUGCGCCACCAUGCCCGGCUAAUUUUGUAUUUUUAGUAGAGACGGGGUUUCUCCUCUCCUCCCGGAAGGUGGAGGUUACAGUGACCCGAGAUCACGCCAUUACACUCCAGCCUGGGCGACAGAGCGAGACUCUGUCUCGGGAAAAAAAAAAAAAAAAAAAAGACUGGUCUCGAACUCGCGACCUCAGGUGAUCCGCCCGCCUCGGCCUCCCAAAGUGCUGGGAUUACAGGCGUGAGCCACCGCGCCCGACUAAAAAUAUGUAUUUUUAAGUGUCAGUGUGCAGAAAGAAGAAAAAAAGUGAAAAUUAAAAAUGACUUUAAUCAGUAACUGCUUAACUAAAAUUUAAAGCUAUACUUGGAAACGUAUAAAAUCCAUACUAUCCCCUUCGCCGCCUUCCCCCGAACUGAGGCAGCAGGAACACCCCUCGCCCUGCCCUAGCCCACACCGGGCCUCGCGCUCAGGCACCGGGCGUGGACAGCCCGGCGGGCCUGUGAGGACCCCGCACAGCCAAGAUGGCGGCGUCCGUGCGACAGGCACGCAGCCUACUAGGAGUGGCGGCAACCCUGGCCCCGGGUUCCCGUGGCUACCGGGCGCGGCCGCCCCCGCGCCGCAGACCGGGACCCCGAUGGCCAGACCCCGAGGACCUCCUGACCCCGCGGUGGCAGCUGGGACCGCGUUACGCGGCUAAGCAGUUCGCGCGUUACGGCGCCGCCUCCGGGGUGGUCCCCGGUUCGUUAUGGCCGUCGCCGGAGCAGCUGCGGGAGGUGGAGGCCGAAGAACGCGAAUGGUACCCGAGCCUGGCGACCAUGCAGGAGUCGCUGCGGGUGAAGCAGCUGGCCGAAGAGCAGAAGCGUCGGGAGAGGGAGCAGCACAUUGCAGAGUGCAUGGCCAAGAUGCCACAGAUGAUUGUGAACUGGCGGCAGCAGCAGCGGGAGAACUGGGAGAAAGCCCAGGCUGACAAGGAGAGGAGGGCCCGACUGCAGGCUGAGGCCCAGGAGCUCCUGGGCUACCAGGUGGACCCAAGGAGUGCCCGCUUCCAGGAGCUGCUCCAGGACCUAGAGAAGAAGGAGCGCAAGCGCCUCAAGGAGGAAAAACAAAAACGGAAGAAGGAGGCGCGAGCUGCUGCACUGGCUGCAGCUGUGGCUCAAGACCCAGCAGCCUCUGGAGCACCUAGCUCCUGAGGCUUUGUCCCUUCCCAAUAAAGCCUGCUACCUGGCAGUACCCCUGAA